AUGAAAGCAGGGCAUUUAUUUUUUUUUACAUCCGUUUUAUUUUUCAUACAUUCUGUAUUGUCAGAAAAUAUAUACCCAAAUGGGAAAAAUAAAAAAAAUUGUGAAAAUGAUAAUACGUCACAUUUAUUAAGGGGGAAGUUAGAGCAAAAAAAUAACACUGGUGAAACUGAUUGUACUUCUCCAGAUUUAAAAAAAAAUGUUGAGAUAUUGAAUGAAAAAAAUGAUGAAUCUAAGAAAAAAGAAGAAAAUGUUAAGUUAGGUGGAGAACAUGAUACACUGAUGGAUCAACAACCAGAUCAAAAUGGUGAUGAAACUAAAUUAUAUCAGCCACACUCAAAUGAUCAUAUCACAGAAAAGAAAUCAGAGCAACAGACGAAGAAAGGGGACUUGAAAAUGGAGGAGACCGAUGGGGUAAAUGCUGACAACCAGAAUUUUAUAAACAAACCCCAAAGUUUAAUUGCCGGAAAAGAAGAAGUGACAGGGCAGGAUGCCGCUACUGAUGGGGAAGCUGCUGGUGAAGAAGCUGCUAAUGGAGAAGACGGUCAUGACAUAAAUGGAGGUAAAAAAUCUCCAGAAUCGAAAGUACAACAGGAGGAACCCCAUCAAACAGAUGAAACUCAAACGAAGAAGUGUCCAGAAGAAGCAUCCUCACCAGGGGAGGGCGAAGAUCAGACAAAUAAUUCUCAAGAAAGUGAGUCCAUACCAGAAACUGUGACAAUGGACAACUUAAAUAAGGACGAUCCUGUGGAAAGUAAAUACCUGGAAGAAACAAAUGAACAUGAAUCAAAAGUGGAUAACACUCCCAUUCUUCCAACAGUUACACCAACGGAAGAAAGUAGUGAAAAUUCCAUUGGAACCGGAGAAGCAGAAUUUCCGUACAUAAAUGAAAAUGCAAAUAGAAGAGCAUCAAGAAUUAAGAAUAUGAACACAUUUUUUGAUGGACUUUUUGGAAAUCCGACAAAUACAAAUGAAAUGCAUUUCUCUCCACACGAUGGGAUAUAUUACGACAGUGACAUAACAUACAAUCCAUUUACAUCAAAUGAAAAGAAUUAUCAAUUAAAUAAGAAAAUUAUGGAUGCUUAUUUUAAUGACGGUGCUGGGAACUAUCAAAAUAUGCCUCGUGUAAUAGAUCUAUUUAAAAAGGUAUUAGACGAUGAAAAACUUCGUAAUGAAUUUAAAACAUUUGUCCAUGAUCUUUAUGAAUUCUCCAAACAGAAUGAAUCUUUAGGUGAUAUAGGAAUGAAAAGUGAUUUAUUGAAUUUCCUCUUUGAUAACGCGCUUCAGUUUGUCAUCACGAUGUUGCGAUAUUGA